AUCAACAUCUUUCCCACACCCUUCUCUUCUCCUUAUUCUUCCAUCUUCCUCAACCAAAGCUGAAAUUCUCAUCAGGGAGCUCAUUCACAUGGAGAACAGAAGUCAAAUUUCAAUUGAGAGCUUCUCUUAUGAGUGGCUGAACAACAUCAAUCCCACCUUUGAUUUCGACCGCCUCGAAGACAGCCUUCGUCGCUCCUUCGAGGCACAAGAUAGCAGCUCCUUCAUCGAAAUGGACCCAGAUUUCUUUUCGAUGCGCUGGACCGACUUGGAUGGUUUUGAUUUCAACCUUCCAGCAGGCUGUGAGCCUUCAGAUUUGGUUCAUGCUGACCAGAUUUUCUCAAAUGGCCUACUCCUUCCAUUGAGUACUACUCUGAAGGAAAAACAAGCUUGUUUCUCUGCAGAUUCUGCUCUUAUUCGAUCGGUUUCGAUGGAUUUUUCGAAGACAUUGCUGUUUGAUAGAAACCAUUGGGAUGAUUCAGUCUCAACAAACACAUCUCCAGCUUAUUAUUCUCCUUAUAGUUUGCCUCUUGACAGUAGAGCCAGCAAGCUCAAGCUGCCUUUGAAUAGGCACAGGAAAAACUCUGCUUGGAAGAUAUUAAGGCAGUAUUUGAAUUUCCUGAUUCCUCUAUACAAGAAGGUUAAGAAGAUGAAAAUGAUCUCUCUGAGGACAACUCGCAGCUGCGGCGAUUCGCCGAUAAGCUUGGCAAGGAUGACAAAUGAGUUCUCAAACAUCGAGCAGAAUCGAGCUUUCAAUUGGGAGUUUGAGAGUUCUAUUCAUGAUGCAGUCCUCCAUUGCAAGAAAUCUAUUGCAAAUUCUAAUGCAGAAGCUUGAUUGUUCUAAUUGGGAAGCUUUCUCUGAUCUUUCCAUAGAUUUUAUUUUAUCUGAAGCUUUGAAGGAUGCCAUGAUUGAAGAAGAUGAGAAACAUAAGAAGCUUUUGUUGUAUGUUUGUUCUUAGGAAAAAAAAAGUUUGAAGUUAUUAAAAGAAAAGGUGAAAAAC